AUUUCUUCUUUCCGUUUCCUUUCUCACUUCACCGGUGUUUGUGCGUUAUUUUGCCGGUCUGUCGCCAUUUGCAGUUAGUUUUUGUACUUUUUUGCUAAAUAAUGUAUCAAAACAUUGCAAAAGGUGCUUUAUUAUUGUUUUUUAAUUAACUUAACCAUCGACAAAAACGCUCAAAUAAAUAACCAAGUCACCACGUCACAACAAUGUGAACCAUGCGAAAAUCGAAAAUAAAUGGUUGAAAAACUUUGAAAUAUUGAACGAAACGAAGCUCAUCCACGUUCAAGAUAAGCCCCCAAAAUGUAUCUCUACAACCUGACCUUACAAAGGGCCACAGCCAUCACCCACGCCAUCCAUGGCAAUUUUUCCGGCACCAAAAUGCAAGAAAUUGUCAUUUCACGUGGCAAAAGCUUGGAAGUGCUACGGCCUGACCCCAACACCGGUAAAGUCCACACGCUUCUAACCGUCGAAAUAUUCGGAGUCGUCCGCUCGUUGAUGUCGUUUCGACUCACCGGAGGCACCAAAGACUUCGUCAUCGUGGGCUCCGACUCCGGCAGAAUCGUUAUUCUUGAGUAUAUCCCGUCUAAAAACAACUUCGAGAAGGUCCACCAGGAGACGUUCGGCAAAUCGGGGGUCAGACGUAUUGUUCCAGGCCAGUACCUAGCCACUGACCCUCGAGGACGUGCUGUAAUGAUAGGCGCCGUCGAGAAACAAAAACUCGCUUACAUUUUGAAUAGAGACGUGCAAGCCCGCUUGACGAUCUCCUCGCCCCUCGAAGCCCACAAAAGCAACACUCUUGUCUAUCACAUGGUGGGGGUGGACGUCGGUUAUGACAACCCUAUGUUCGCUUGCCUCGAAAUCGACUACGAAGAAGCAGAUUCGGAUCCUUCUGGCGAAGCGGCUCAAAAAACUCAACAAACCUUGACCUUCUACGAGCUGGACCUGGGUGUAAAUCACGUUGUGCGGAAAUACUCGGAACCGUUGGAGGAACACGCGAAUUUCUUAGUCACGGUUCCAGGGGGCGACGAUGGCCCUUCAGGAGUCCUUAUUUGUUCAGAGAAUUAUUUGACUUAUAAGAAUUUGGGCGAUCAGCACGAUAUUCGUUGCCCGAUUCCCAGAAGGCGGAACGAUUUGGAUGACCCAGAGAGAGGCAUGAUUUUUGUCUGUUCUGCCACGCAUAAGACGAAGUCGAUGUUCUUUUUCCUGGCACAGACGGAGCAAGGGGAUAUCUUUAAAAUCACUCUCGAAACGGAUGAAGAUAUGGUCACGGAAAUCAAGUUAAAGUAUUUCGAUACUGUUCCGGUCGCUUCCGCUAUGUGUGUGUUGAAGACGGGGUUCUUGUUUGUAACUUCGGAAUUUGGCAACCACUACUUGUAUCAGAUCGCCCAUCUUGGUGACGACGACGAUGAGUUGGAGUUUAGCUCCGCUAUGCCCUUAGAAGAAGGUGACACUUUUUUUUUCGCGCCUCGUUCCCUUCGUAACUUGGUUUUGGUCGACGAAAUGGAAUCGCUUUCACCGAUUCUAUCUUGUCGAGUUGCUGAUCUGGCAGGUGAAGACACUCCUCAAUUGUAUAUGCUUUGCGGAAGAGGCCCGAGAUCCUCAUUGCGGGUUCUACGACACGGUCUCGAAGUGUCUGAGAUGGCCGUGUCCGAGCUUCCUGGCAAUCCCAACGCCGUUUGGACGGUUAAGAGAAGAAGUGACGAUGAAUAUGAUGCUUAUAUUAUUGUGUCUUUCGUUAACGCAACUUUGGUAUUGUCAAUUGGUGAAACUGUGGAGGAGGUUACAGACAGUGGCUUUUUGGGUACGACACCAACAUUGUCCUGUUCAGCUCUUAGUGACGAUGCCUUAGUUCAGGUGUAUCCAGGCGGUAUUCGGCAUAUUUGUUCCGAUAAGCGUGUAAAUGAGUGGAAAGCUCCAGGGAAGAAAACAAUCGUAAAGUGUGCAAUUAAUCAACGACAAGUGGUUAUUGCACUGUCAGGGGGUGAACUAGCUUACUUCGAAAUGGAUCCGACGGGCCAAUUACACGAAUACAAAGAACGAAAACGUAUGAACGCCGACGUCGUUUGCAUGGCAUUAGCAAACGUGGCGCCCGGCGAACAAUUAUCCCUCUUCCUUGCCGUGGGAUUAGCCGAUAGUACAGUACGGAUUAUCUCGCUAGAUCCGAGCGAUUGUUUGGCGCCGCGUUCUAUCCAAGGAUUACCCGUUUGUGCCGAGUCUUUAUGUAUCGUAGAAAUGGGUUGCACAGAUCGUGAACCGGAUAACGCUGCAGCUGCCAGCACAACAAGCACCUUAUAUCUGAACAUUGGACUUACAAACGGCGCUUUACUUCGCAACGUAUUAGAUCCAGUUUCUGGAGAAUUGUCAGACACAAGAACGAGAUAUUUGGGUUCGAGACCGGUCAAACUCUUCCGAAUACGAAUGCAACAAUCGGAAGCUGUUCUGGCAAUGAGUAGCCGUUCUUGGUUGAGUUAUUACUACCAAAGUCGGUUUUAUUUGACUCCACUCUCGUAUGAAAGUCUGGAAUAUGCCUCAGGGUUCAGUUCCGAGCAGUGUCCAGAAGGCAUUGUUGCGAUCUCCACAAAUACGUUACGUAUUUUGGCGUUGGAAAAACUAGGGGCUGUUUUUAAUCAAGUCUCAUUUCCGCUUGAAUACACCCCGAGGAAGUUUAUAAUCCAUCCUGAAAGCAAUAAUUUGCUGAUCAUUGAAACCGAGCACAAUGCCUACACCGAAGAAACCAAAAAACAACGAAGAUUACAAAUGGCCGAAGAAAUGAAAGAAGCCGCAGGUGAAGAAGAACAAGAGUUGGCUAAAGAAAUGGCCGAUGCGUUUUUGAAUGAAGACUUGCCCGAAAGUAUUUUUUCGGCGCCUAAAGCCGGGCAUGGAAUGUGGGCUUCGACGCUUAAAAUAAUGGAUCCGGUACAAGGAAUCGUGCAUAAGUGUAUACGAUUGGAACAGAACGAGGCAGCAAUGUCUAGUGUUUUGGUUAAAUUCCAAAAUCAGCCACAACAAACUCUGUUCUUGAUUGUUGGCAUUUCUAAAGAUUUUCAACUAAAUCCAAGGCAUUGUAACACUGGGUUUUUGGAUACUUAUAAAAUGGAUCCAAUGGGUCGGGAGUUGGAAUUUGUUCAUAGAACUCCUGUUGAUGAAGUUCCAAUGGCCCUUUGUGCUUAUAAUGGACUGCUACUUGCAGGAGUUGGCAGGAUGUUGAGGCUUUACGAUAUGGGGAAGAAGAAACUCUUAAGGAAAUGUGAAAACAAGCACAUACCAAACGCUAUUGUGAAUAUUCAAGCCAUGGGCAAACGAAUUUUCGUUUCGGACGUUCAAGAGUCUGUUUUCAUGGUUCGGUACAAGAGAGCUGAAAAUCAGUUGAUUAUAUUUGCCGAUGACACGCACCCUCGUUGGGUUACUUGCAACUGUGUGCUUGAUUAUGAUACAGUGGCUGUUGCCGACAAGUUUGGUAAUAUUGCAAUUUUACGUUUGCCACCAAAUGUAAGUGAUGAUGUUGAAGAGGAUCCUACUGGACAUAAAUCGUUAUGGGAUAGAGGACUGCUAAAUGGGGCGUCACAAAAAGCUGAUACUAUUGCAACAUUCCACGUUGGUGAGACUGUCACGUGGUUGCAAAAAGCCACACUGAUUCCUGGAGGUUGGGAAUCUUUGAUUUACACAACACUCUCAGGCAGUGUUGGUGUUCUUGUGCCGUUUACGUCACGAGAAGAUCACGAUUUUUUCCAACAUUUGGAAAUGCACAUGAGGAGUGAAAACUCACCAUUGUGUGGAAGAGAUCACCUUUCAUUUAGAAGUUAUUAUUUUCCUGUGAAGAAUGUCAUAGAUGGAGAUUUAUGUGAACAGUACAACUCGCUGGAACCUGUCAAACAAAAAAGCAUAGCGUCGGAUUUGGACCGUACUCCAGCGGAAGUUUCGAAAAAAUUAGAAGAUAUAAGGACCAGAUAUGCUUUCUAAGUUAUUUUUUACUGAAUUGUAUUUUUGCUUCAAAGAAUUAAUAAAUGUCGUUCUGCGUGAA